GUUUUGCGUGAUGAUCACAUCUGGCUACGUUCGCGUGGAAUGGGGAGGGAGGCCACGGGGACUCCGCGUGCGGUACCCGCAGGCUCCAUACACUCUUGACGUGGAUGAGGUGGACGCUUCAAAACCGGAAUAUGCCCAAGGGACUAGUAAAAACGCGGCCUCCUCUUCGGGCUCGGCAGCUGCAGGUGGAGGAAGCGCGAAAACAAAAUCUACACCCACAAAGAACGUAGCCAAGAAC